AUGACGAGCAGAAUCACCCGCCGCGCCUGCGCCACUGAGAAUCUCAACGCCGACUGCAUCCCCGACCAACACGCACGCGAGUUGGACGCCGAGACCAGCGCCUAUCGGAUCCAUGGCUUCGCCGCCGCCGCCAUUGUCACCGUCACGGCCCGGGCCGCUGUCGAGGACGGCCACGUCGAGGUCAGGACACUGCGCGACGGAUUCCAAAUCCUCGACCGAGACUGCGACGGCGUCGUCAACGGCGAAGACGUGGCCGACAUGCUCAACCAGCUCGGCUUGCCCAACGGCCCUUCUGACGUCGCCCAAUUCUUCCCGUCCUCACGCCCACAGACAACUGCCCUGGCUGCCUUCUUGAAUUCGUUGGCCGAGGUCCUCGCCGCGCUGUCGCCCAGUGCCGAGCUGGUGUCGGCCUUUUCCGCGUUUGACGACGACGACAGCGGCCAGGUCGACUGGGCAGAACUCCGAGAAGCCGUGCUGAGUACGGCGCCGGAGCCCGGGGAGCGCGCUCUGACGGCUGCCGAGGUGGACAAGGUCAUGAGCGGGUUUACGGGCCGUCGGGCAUUCAACCGCAACAUGAAUGCUCAACUGGGCGCCAAGAAGGGCGAGGUGUUUAAAUACCAAGAGUUUGUCAGCUCCAUAAUGGGGUCUAACGUCGGCACCGAGGGCGGGUCUCCUGGGAGCUUGGAUGAUUGA